CUGCGAAGAAGACAGUGCUUUAUAUGCUGCCCCGCGCGACGGACUGAUGUACAAUCUUUCCAAUUGCUGUUUUCCGACCACCGGAUACUUCAAUUGCUUCGCUGGACAGCUCCAUGGCCUCGCAGAUUAUCGCUAGUGCUUCCGAGAAAGUCAAAACCAUGACGGGAGAGCGCACUCAGAAGGUCGCCGACCUUACACAAGACACCAAAGAUGUGCACGACAAGAGCCAUAGGAUCACAACCGAUUAUGGGGUCAAGCAGAACGAUACGGAUGACUGGUUGAAGGUAGUCAAUGAGGACAAGACAGGUCCCAUGCUCUUGGAGGAUCCUUUUGCUCGAGAAAAGAUCCACCGGUUUGACCACGAACGUAUCCCCGAGCGUGUUGUCCAUGCCCGAGGCGCAGGCGCCCACGGCAAAUUCACGCUCUUCGAGUCGGCCGCAGACGUCACUUCAGCCGGUGUCCUCACAGACACUUCGCGCGAGACGCCCAUCUUCGUGCGAUUCUCGACCGUGCUGGGCAGCCGAGGGUCCGCAGAUACCGUCCGCGAUGUCCGCGGCUUCGCUGUCAAGUUCUACACCCAGGAAGGCAAUUGGGAUAUCGUUGGAAACAACAUCCCAGUCUUCUUCAUUCAGGAUGCAAUGAAGUUCCCGGACGUCAUCCAUGCAGGCAAGCCCGAGCCGCACAAUGAGAUUCCACAGGCCCAAACCGCCCACAACAACUUCUGGGACUUCCAGUUCAUGCACCCCGAAGCAACCCACAUGUUCUUCUGGGCCAUGUCUGAUCGAGGCAUUCCUCGAUCAUAUCGCAUGAUGCAAGGCUUUGGUGUCAACACCUUCACGCUCACGAACGACAAAGGCGAGCGGCACUUUGUCAAGUUCAUUUACACACCGGAGUUGGGCGUUCACAGUUUCGUCUGGGACGAGGCUCUGAAGAUUGUGGGACAAGAUCCAGACUUCCACCGCAAGGAUUUGUGGACGGCGAUCGAGAGUGGCGCAUACCCGAAGUGGAAGUUUGGCAUUCAGGUCAUUCCAGAAUCCAAGGAGCACGACUUCGACUUUGAUAUUCUCGAUGCCACCAAGGUCUGGCCGGAGGAGCUAGUGCCGAUCCGGUACAUCGGCCAGCUCGAACUGAACAGGAAUGUUGACGAGUAUUUCACGCAGACCGAACAGGUCGCGUUCUGUACAAGCCAUAUCGUUCCUGGUAUUGGGUUCAGUGACGAUCCGCUCCUUCAGGGACGUAACUUCUCCUAUUUCGAUACUCAGCUGAGCCGAUUGGGAGUCAAUUGGCAGGAGCUACCCAUCAACAAGCCUGUCUGCCCCGUCAUGAACUUCAACCGCGAUGGUGCUAUGCGACAUACCAUCACCAAAGGUACGGUCAAUUACUGGCCCAAUCGGUUCCAGGCAGUCCCUCCGGCCUCCAAGGAAGAGGGUGCUUACAUCGACUAUCCCGAGAAGAUUGCUGGCAUUAAGGCUCGCAUGAGGAGCAAGAAGUUCAAGGAACACAAGAACCAAGCUGAACUGUUCUACAACUCUCUCUCGGCACCCGAGAAAUCUCACGUCCUGAACGCUUUGGGAUUUGAACUUGAUCACUGCGAUGACCCAAUCGUAUACGAGCGCAUGACCACGCGUAUAGCGGAGAUCGAUCCGCAGCUAGCUCAAGAUGUUGCUGAGAUGGUUGGUGGCAAGAUGCCAGAGCAGUCAACGCGGCAGAGGCAUAACAAGACCGCGAAAGGCCUGUCGCAGCUCGACUAUGCCCCAGCUGAGCCGACGAUUGCCACUCGCAUGGUCGCCAUCAUCAUUGCCGAUGGCUAUGACCCGGUAGCAUAUAACGGCAUCAAGGGUGCCCUUACAGCUGCUGGUGCUCUUCCCUUCACCAUCAGCCCAAGGCGCAACAAGAUUUUCGCAGCAGGCGAGGAUAGAAACACCGGUACAGGCGUAGUGGCGGACCACCACCUCGAAGGUAUGCGCUCAACGCUCUUUGACAGCGUCUUUAUUCCUGGUGGCGCUCAGUCGAUCGAAACUCUGCGCAAGAGCGGCCGCGCCGUCCAUUGGGUCCGAGAAGCCUUUGGUCACCUCAAAGCUAUUGGCGCUACUAGUGAGGCUGUUCAGUUUGUCCGCGACGCUUGCGAUCUUCCCGGUAUGGAGUUCUCCACCUCUGGCGAGGUUGUCGACUCGUAUGGUGUUGUCACUGCAGCUCAGGUUAAACCCGAGAGCUUCAAGGAGGCCAUCAAGAUGGUAAAGGGUGCGAAGCACUUCAUCGAUGCAUACACCUAUGCCAUCUCGCAGCACAAGAACUUUGACCGCGAGAUGCAGGGGUUGAAUGCUAUGGUUGCUUAUUAGAGUAUGAGAGCCAAGGGAGCAUUGGUUUAGUGUAAGGGGCCAGCAUGCUGAUGGAUACCGGUGGAGUAUUACAUCAU